GACCGGGCACUCUUCCUCCUCCUCAAGGCGGCACCGGCAGGCCGGCACGGCAGCACCACCACGGCUCUCCCGCCGCCGAUCCCCCACCCCCGCAGCGAUGGCCUCCGAGCUCCCGCUCCCGCUCCCUCUCCUCGCACUCCUCAUCCUCGUACUCCUACCUCCUCUGUGCUCCUCGCAGCGAUCGACCGCCGCCGACGCCGACGCGUCGGUGUCGAGGUCGGUCUUCCCCAUGGACGGGGACGUGGCGUGGGUGGUGCAGGUCAGCGACCUCCACAUCAGCGCCUACAGCCCUGAGCGUGCCGCUGACCUCGCGCUGCUCGGCACCGCCCUGCGCGCCAUCCGGCCUCACCUUCUCCUCGUCACCGGUGACAUCACUGAUGCUAAGAAUCAGCAAAGAACUACUUCAAGACAGGAUGAAUAUGAAUGGGUUUCCUACAAGAAAACUAUUGAUGCAAUUGUUGGAAGAGGCAGUAUUGAUAAGAGCAGAAUAUUUGAUAUUAGAGGCAAUCAUGACACGUAUGGGGUGCCCUAUAGAGGAGGAGAAUUGGACUUCUUCUCAACUUAUAGUGUUAACUCACAGCUUAAGCGAUUAAGCACCAUCAGUAGUAUAUUGCUUCAGGGAGAUAGAAGCUACCAAUUUCUGGGUAUUGAUGAUACAAUGAGUGUUGGCAUUCGUUUUCCUGCAAAUCUUUUUGGUCAUCCAACUGAUAAAAGGAUAGAAGCAGUAAAUUCAGAGCUUAAAUACUGGACCAAUCAUUCCAACGCUCCAGUUACGAAAGUUGUUUUCGGACAUUUCCCUAUGUCAUUCACCACAUCAUCUGAAAAAGGCCAGCGAUAUGAAAGUGUGUUUGCAAGGCAGUCAAUUUCAGCAUACCUAUGUGGCCAUCUGCAUGCAAAAGUUAGUAAGCAGCUUUGGAGGUAUCAUGAAGUGAGAACAACUGAAGGUCACAAGUCAAGCUUUUGGGAAUGGGAACUUGGAGAUUGGAAGGACUCCAGAUUGAUGAGGAUUUUAGCAAUAGAUGGUGGUGCGGUCUCCUUCAUAGAUCACACAUUGAAACAGGCACUCCAAACUUCCAUCUUGGUCACAUAUCCAACAGAUUCAAGAAGUAUGAAUAUGUUGGAAUCAGAAAAGUGGUCAAUGAGAAAUGAUAUAAAUGUUCUUGUUUUCUCUCAUCAAGUUAUACGUAAUGUGAGUGCUAGAGUCUUUGACUCUGAUAGUGAGUUUAAGAUUGUUGAGGAGAUACCUCUGCAGCUUGUUGCCAGUUCUUCUGUUCACAGACCUUUGUUUCAUGCCAAAUGGAAUGCUGAAAAUUACAGAAGUCCAUCCCCUACUCGCUACUGGUUGCAAGUAUUUGUUCUUGAUUCUCAUGGUGUAAAGAUUUCAAGUGAGCAGAGACCAUUUUCAGUUGAGGGCAAGAUGGCAAUUCCCACAAGCCCAUGGCUCAACUAUCUGGUUUUUGAAGUCCAGUGGGAAGACAUGUAUCAAGUCCUUAUGUGGAGUAAUAUGGCCUUCACCAUUGUAUUGUUAUGCUCCCCCAAACUACUGUAUCAUUUUGUUAGUAGAAGUUCAUCAUAUCAAAGGUGGUCUGUGUCAGUUCUGUCAUCCCCUAUCCAGCAGAGAAAAACUUACUUUUGGCUCGUCUGGUUUUUAAUGGAGGGCACAAGGAGUAAGCCUUUCUGGUUGUGUCUAGUAAUAUAUGUUCUCUGGCUCAUUGAAAUGCCAUGGUUUUGGGGUCGUGCAACAUCUGAAAAUGGAGAAAUUGCUCAAAUGUACUUAUCUGGAUGGAGCAUGCCAUUUUAUGAUGGGGGCUUAACAGGCAACAAACUGAGCAACCCAGAUGUGCUUGUCAUCACACUACCUUUCCUAUAUCUGGUGGUUGUCCCUGUAAUAGUCCUUAUAUAUGGCCUGUUUGCAGAAAAGUCUACUGCGUAUUUGCGGCGCAGCAGGAGAAUAGAAUACUCUGCUGACUCAGAAAAUAUGCAUGCUGAGUCAACAUGCUUGCUGCCAGUUGCUCCAAGGGCUUUACUAAUGAAAUUCUCUGACAAGUUGGUGUCCAUGACGAUCCAGUUUUGUGGUAGCUGGACAAGGAAGGCUCUUCUACUUGCAUGCUUGAUCAUUUCAGCGGUACAUUUGAAGCUUUGUUCAAAGCUAAUGUCAGCUUAUGGAACAGUACCAGUAGCCUUGUCUCCCCCACUAACAUGGAUGCCACUGUUAUUAUUAGGUGCUGCUGCCUAUUGUACAAAGCUCCAUGCAGAUUAACUCCUAGAACUCAUAACUGUGCAUUCCCGAAUGAACUUUUUUGGGUUUGGGUGCUUGCUGCUGCUGUAUGUUAAAUCCUGGUACGUGUUGCCCUUUAAUGGUUACUGUAUGGGUGCUAGCUUACCAAAGAAAAAAGUAGAAACUGAUUUUGGACUCUUUUAAGUUAUGAUUCAUUUCAAUUAGAAUGUGACACAUCAUAAAACAAGGAUCAUCUCCAUGUGUCAAACUACUUGCGGAAAACAAAAGUAGAAACUAAUGUUCUUCUAAAUAAGAUACUUGGCUGAUUUUAGUUAGAAUGUCUCAACUCACAUAAUUAAGACCUUCUUCAUAGCAAUCCAAGGAUAUCCCUUGAUUGUCUUCUGUUCUCCCUAAGCUCUGUGUGGGUUCAAUAGCUAAUGAAUGCUGUUUGUGCAAACUACAAAGUAGAACAUCUGGAUGGAGGGGCCAAGAAACGGAGCAGUGGCUCCUCAUUGUGUCUAAUCCUGGUGGCAGGAAUAGAGGAGGAGAUGGGGGCAGCAGCUGGGAUGGAGAGGCGGUGUGGAGGGUGAUGGAAGGGGCAGAUGGCUAGGUAUUUUCUGUGCCAAGAGUAGGCUAGGAUUAUGAGGGAAUUGCGAUGGUUUGGCCCAAACUAAGGGGGCACUGGAUGGAGGCCUCCGUAGAUGUAUCCAACUUUCAGAACGUAGAAAUCAAUUAUACAUCUGUUGCGGGGGACAGUUCAGAUGAGCGUGGAAGUCGUGGUGGGUUUGGCAUGGAAGAAAUGUGAGGAUUUUCUUGAAGCAGAGACAUAGUGGUGAAGACACUGGUGCAAAUUGUCAAAGAUCAGCUAGCUCUUUGGAUGCCAGGUUGAGCCUCCAAUUCCAGUUAACAUCACCAUCUAGCUACCUUCCUUUUUUUUCCUUUCUUAGUACACCACUUGCACUUCGUGUACAACUUUUAUGUACACUCUUAUCUAUCAACAUGGAACGGCAGCCUGGUGCCUUAAAAAGAAACAAA